UCUUCUUUGCUCCUUUCAUCAUCCCUCGCUUCCCUGCCCUCUGGUCGGAGAUCUCAUUCCCUUCAUCCCCAGUUCCUUGGCUUUUACCUCUUUCUGGCUUUUGCUCCCCUCCCCCUACUCCUGUCCUUCCUCUUUUUCGCCUUAUAACCCCCUACUUUCUUCCUCUCACCUUUUAAGCUUUUUUUUCUAGGCCCCCCAUUUUUUUCUUUAAAAAAAAAGGAAAAGAAAAACCCUUUUGCUACAAAUGAGAAUUUUGAGGGUAACUCUUCGCUAGAGCCAGAGACCUUUUAAAGGACUGCAUCAGUGUGCAGGAAUGGUGGUGGUGAGGAGACCGAGGUUCAUAGUAUUUGGGAAAUCUGAUCGAGAGGACUCUGUUUCAGUCAUGUCACUCAUGCCUUCAGUUUGGAUAUCAUGAGGGUGUCUGAAGCGAGUGGAUCUAUUUUUCUAAGUCCAAUAGACGACUGCAGUGAGACACAGUGCGGGGACGGUCACCAAUUACUGAAUGGGAAUUGUGUUAUCAUUUGCUAAAUAUAUUGUGACAUACUCCGUGCCUCGGUGAACAGCUCCCUUGACCUUGUGCGGCUCCUCCUCCCUAGCUCUCUGUCCCCCUCUGGAAUUUCCCCUGAGAGAUCACCGAGAAAGACAGGACGGAGUCCAAUGUGAGAAUGGCUAUGACUUUGGAAGAAGCUCCGUGGCUGGGCUGGCUCUUGGUGAAAGCACUGAUGAGGUUUGCCUUCAUGGUCGCCAACAACCUAGUUGCUAUUCCAUCCUACAUCUGCUAUGUAAUUAUACUCCAGCCCCUUCGAGUGCUGGACAGUAAGCGGUUCUGGUAUAUCGAAGGAAUCAUGUAUAAAUGGCUUUUAGGAAUGGUGGCUUCCUGGGGAUGGUAUGCUGGAUAUACAGUGAUGGAAUGGGGAGAAGAUAUUAAAGCAGUUUCAAAAGAUGAAGCAGUGAUGUUGGUGAAUCAUCAGGCAACAGGAGAUGUGUGCACACUGAUGAUGUGCCUCCAGGACAAAGGACUGGUUGUUGCUCAGAUGAUGUGGUUGAUGGAUCAUAUUUUUAAGUACACAAACUUUGGAAUUGUUUCUCUGGUCCAUGGAGACUUCUUUAUAAGACAGGGAAGAUCUUAUCGUGACCAACAGCUGCUGCUUCUCAAGAAGCACUUAGAAAAUAAUUACAGGAGCAGAGAUCGAAAAUGGAUUGUUUUGUUUCCAGAAGGGGGCUUCCUCAGGAAGCGGCGAGAAACAAGUCAGGCAUUUGCCAAGAAAAAUAACUUGCCAUUUCUUACAAAUGUUACUCUGCCAAGGUCUGGGGCAACAAAAAUUAUUUUGAAUGCACUUGUAGCACAACAGAAAAAUGGAAGUCCAGCAGGAGGAGAUGCUAAAGAAUUAGACAGCAAAUCAAAAGGCCUCCAGUGGAUAAUAGAUACGACGAUAGCUUAUCCCAAAGCUGAACCUAUAGAUAUUCAAACCUGGAUCCUUGGAUACAGGAAACCAACAGUCACACAUGUACAUUAUAGGAUCUUUCCAAUUAAAGAUGUACCCCUGGAAACUGAUGACCUUACCACUUGGCUCUAUCAACGGUUUGUUGAAAAAGAAGACCUCUUAUCACAUUUUUAUGAAACAGGAGCUUUUCCACCUUCCAAGGGCCAUAAGGAAGCUGUUUCCAGGGAGAUGACCCUCAGCAACAUGUGGAUAUUUCUCAUACAGUCUUUUGCAUUUUUGUCAGGCUAUAUGUGGUACAACAUCAUUCAGUAUUUUUACCAUUGCCUGUUUUAGGAAUUGACGUGGACUUGUCAAGGUCACCAUAGGAGUUGAGACUUUCUUUCAUAAGUGUGCGUUAUUUUACAUGUGCAAAUCAGAAUAUAUUUAAAAAAAAAGAAAAAGAAAAAGAAAUUCAAUGGAUGGAUUAGUAUUUAUCCCCCUUUGGGAUAUUUUAAAACUCUACUAAAAUGAGGAUUAGUAAUAUAAUGACCUGCUAAUAUAUUUUAAGAACAUGUUUUAAAAAGAUACACUCUAUCACAUAUUUAAGCAAACAUCACAUUUGGAGAAGAGGAAAUCAUAAAAUCAUCCUAGAAGACUAUCUGAGAGAAAUUCUGUUGCCACCAGUUACACUUGACAAUUUAGUUGAAGCCCAGAAAGGUAUAUUCAUCCCUCUUACCUGUAGUCUAUAUUAGGGCAGUACUCUAGAACGCCCACAUUUCCACCAGCUCAGUAACCUUGAGGGGAGCUGGUUGGCACCUCGCGAAGAACUCUUUCCCUGUCAUUUGCAGUAACAAACUCAAGUCUUCAACAGCUAACUGAGGUACAUUGUUGACAUUCUCUGGGGGAAAAGCAGUGUCCACUGGACCCCUUCUGGUACUGGAUGUGUUCUUUACAAAGGCUAGCUCGAUCCAACACUGUGUUUACAUGCACUCGUGCUUUUCCUUAUCUGAUUUCUCAUUUUGUAUCAGAGGCAUAUCAUAAAUUGGUAAUUUUACAAAAUGCACUUUUUUGAGAUGCAGAUAUAGCAAAGAAUUAGUAAUACAGCCUGAAAACAAAUGGGAGCAUAGCAGUGUGUGAGGUUCUCGAGAACUGUCUUGUCUCUGUGUGUUUAUUUGCCUGCCGAUGCUCUCCAGCACCAUCCUGCCUUGGACACCACCCUGACGUGAUCCCUCUGUUGCAGCUCAGAGGCUUUAUUUUUUCCAUUUUGACAUUGGCACUAAAUGCAUUUGGGGAUGGUUGAAACAAAUUAAUAUAGAACAUUUAAAUGAUCAGUUUAAGGGGAAAUAGGCUAGUUUAUAGAAAAAUAAGAGCUAGUGGCCUAUAAUGGUGACUGGUUCUCCUGUGGCACCCCAAGGACCUGUGCAGACAGUGGUCUGUUGAAUCAUCACAUCAAGGAGCUGCACCUGUCAGGGUGAGUGUAAUUAGGAAAGAGACCAGCACAAAAGGCUCCCCCAAUCUCUUCCAGUUGCUUUUUCUUUUCUUUUUUUUUUUUUUUAAGACAGAGUCUUACUCUGUCGCCCAGACUGUAGGGCAGUGGCAUGAUCUCAGCUCACUGCAGUCUCUGCCUCCCGGGUUCGAGCGAUUCUCCUGCCUUAGCCUCCCGAGUGGCUGGGACUACAGACACCCACCAUCGUGCCCUGCUAAUUUUUGAACUUUUAGUAGAGACGGGGUUUCACCGUGUUGGCCAGGCUGACCUCAAACUCCUGACCUCAGGUGAUCCGCCUGCCUCGGCCUCCCAAAAUGCUAGGAUUACAGGCGUGAGCCACUGCGCCCAGCCUCCAGUUGCUUUUGAAGAGGGUAAAGUCAAGUUUCUAUUUCUAGAAAACAUUUUUUAGAAAUACAUUGCUAUGUUUGUACAAUUUACCUCAUAAGAGAACCACACCCUUCUCCAAAAGUGCUGGUACUGCAUCAGUGAGAUGAGUAGGGUUUUUGUUUGGGAUUGUAAGACUAUUAAGAUCCUAGUAAGUCAGUGGUAGUUUACUGUGAUAUGAGCGUUGUAGAUUCCCCCGUUGUCACUAAUCACACAGAUAACAAUUUUGAGAAGUAGGCUAUUAAACAAAAAAAGGUUAAUGUUUUCUAUUUUUAAAUAAACCAAAAACACAGAGAAGAUAUGAGUUUUCCCCAGUUAUGUGGGAAAGGUAAAGCAACACCAAAUAAAAGCCCAGAGCAGCUUCAUAUUUAGGAUAGCUCAGUGCGUAUGUGAAAGAGAAUGAUGCAUUAACUGAAAUACCUCAUUGAAUAUUAUACUACCACUGGUAAAAUGCAGAAGACAGUGUUAAUGUGUUUGGUUUGGGGACUGGUUGUUAUAAAAUGCAAUUUUUUUGAAAUCUAAGCAUUUCGUUAUGUGUUCUACAGUGACAGUGAAUAAGUGAAACCAAUCUCAAUUUAGAGGUAUGGAUGAUGACAGAAAGUCCAGUAGAAGCUUAAUGAUGCUUCUGUUUGAGGCCCAGCAAGCACCACUAAAUUACUGGAUGAAAUGAAAUUGUUCACUUGAGGGAUUAGUCAACCAUCUGGGGGAGAAGUUGCUCACUGUCAAAGACAGCGUGCACAGUCCUAGCUGACAGACCUUUUCCUCAUUGCUACAGCAAGCCACAGGGUAGAGUGACCAGUUCUCCUAUCCAAAAAUAAAUGCGAACAUGCAUACAUAAAUGUGGCUGAGGGCCACUUUUGACAUCACUGUGCUCCAAAGGAACAUGAUAUUGUUAAAUAUACUGUACACAUUAAACUAUCCUAUAAGAUGCUUUACUUUUCAAGUGCAGUAUCAUUUUCACAGUCUCCAGGGUGGCAAAUACCAAUAGAUAUGUGAGUUAAUUUUUGAAAAUAUUUUUGUGAGUUAUAAAUAGAUGUGUAUUUGAUGUGCCCUAUCCCUCUUUGAUUAUUUAACAUGUUCUCUCUCUUCUAUUUGCAAAAUAUGUUUGAAAGCAUUGGUAGUGCUUUCCUUAUCAGUAACUGGAGUUCUUCUGCUUUCACUAGAGAAGGUAAAGAGAGAAUCAGUGUUCUUAUAUGGCAAUUUGGGGAAGCAGCAAUAUGCCACUGUACAAAACUGAAGAAAAAUUCCUAAUUUGUACUUUGUGAAGGGAGAUGAAAGGACGUUUAAAGUGUAUAUAUUUUGUCAAGAGGAAAAAAAAUAAAACUAUGCCAGUUUUAUAUCAGUAGCUUGUAGAAGCUCAGCUCUUCUUGGUCUUGGCUAGACUGCCUAGAUUCCCAGGGCAGACAAGGUUGAGAAUCCAUUACUGGAAUCUUGGUACUGAUGAGUUACAGUGAUUGGAGAUCUGCAUGACCACAGGCAGGUCCAGUCACUACAAAAGUGACCAAGCCAGCAGGUCACCCUUAACUUCAGAAACAAUUAUUGGUGGUGACCUAUACUUAAAUGGCAGAGAGACCUAUAAGUAACGGAAAGUAAAGAAAAAUUACAGAACGGAAAAUAAUGUGUUGGGUAAGCAAACAAAUUCACUGAGAAUUCCAAAAGUAUAUUAAAAAAGAAGAUAGCUGUGAGUUCAGAUCUAUCAUAUUAGUCUUUAAUAUUACAACCAAUCCUUAACUUUCCACUGUAAAGGAAGGAUUACUAGAUUAAUUAAUUUCUGGAUAGAUAAUCUGGUAAUAAAUGAUAGGUAAAUCAAAAAUUACUUUUAUUUAGGAGUUUGAAUUCUUACUCUCAUCAGACUCAUUUUUUUUUCUAGGGAUGCUUACUAAUUAAAUGGUUUAAGUUGUUUCUUAGGGUUUUUUUGCCUAUAUAUUUAUGACUGUGUUAAUGAGUAGUGAAAUUAUAUGGAAAGACAAACAGCUAUCAGGAAGAGUAAAUACAGAAGCCUGAAUAAUCUAUGGGUUAGAAAAGCAUCCCUGAAUAAUCAAUAGUUGACAGUAUUGGCAUUGUUCUCAAGCCUUUUUAUGAAAAUGAAAUCUGAAAUCACCAAAUGUAAACCUGGGAGCAUUAUUCGAGCAUUACUGUCUUGGAUUCAUGUUAAGAAUGCCUCUUCAUUCUUUGCUCAUGUUGCUCACUUCUUGUGGAUUUGUCUGAGUGUUUUUUGACAAUCACUUCCCUAAAGACUCUUCUGAACUAGUUGGACCUGGCUAAUCAUACAGAGUAGCCUUUAAUCAUGGAUAGUCUUCUUGGAUUAUUUUUAUAUUUGAAAAGAAAAUGUUUUAUUUGCACUACUGAGUAGGAAGAGUUAAUUGUUUUUUUGUUCUUUUUUUGAAGUCAUUACACAGGACUUUACUCCAGAGUUAUCAUUAUGAGUGUGUUCAGCUCUGGUCCACAGAGGAUGGAUAAAAAUGGUUUGUUAGGUUCUUUUGCUCUGCAGUGCUAUGAGCCUUAUAUCUGUUAACAUGAAGAACAAAGUCAAAAGCAGCAGUGGGCAGCAGGAAGGGUAGAGACUAAUAUGUUUGGGACCAAAACCAUCUAAGUUAGAGAUUUCCAGAUCGCAGAGGGGCUGGGUAUUCUCUGGAGCAGUCAUUGGUUGGUGCUUUAUUGUAAUCAUUUUGCACCACUCCCCAACAAUUAGGAACUGGACCCUGGGAAUAAGCUGAGGGUGCUGAACUGUUGGGGAAGGGUGACUGUAGCCAUAUGGAAGAUAAAAUAUGGGUUUUUCUGCAAAAUUUCCAUCUGAGGGUUUUUACAUUUAAUAUUUUUUUAAGACAGUUUAAAGAGCAAACAUUUUUUAAGUGUAUUCUAGUUGCAAAGUAUGCACACAUAUCUUGAAUGGCUUUAUUUUUAUUGUGUAAAACUGUUGAACACAUGACUGUGAUGCACACAUUCUUUACGUGUAAGGAGUCUAUGCAUUUUACAGUAACUUAUUUUAUGAUUGAGUGAUGAAACAGUUAUACAUUCAACUGCCAUUAUUUUUAUUAAGUGCUUUCAUUUUCUUUACAAUUAUUACAAAAUUGUAUUUAUUUUAUACAGAUGGGUUUUCAUUUUCCUGAUGCUGUAAUGUUUACUUCAGCUUGUUGACCUUUCUUUGUGUUAUCUGCAUGUUGUAACGUGUGAUAAGAAUGAAUGUAAAGGCUGUGGCAACUGUAAUUAAUUUUUGUAAAGGGCUGGUCACACGUGGAUCUGGUUUAUGAAUGCAUUUGGGGUGAUUUUAGUAACCAGAUCACCUUUUCAGAAGUUUAGACAUGAACACCAAAAGAAGCGUUUUCUCAACAAAAAUUAAUAGCUGGUUCUAUUUUUUUUAAACCUAGAAAAAAUAAAGUUGAUUUUUUU